CGGAAGGUCAGAUCCUCCCUUGGACAAAACACGAAUGUUCCAUCCGCUGGCGACCGCACUGGUGUCGGCAUUGAUAUCAUACCUAUGCCUGUGGCGUUUCCCGUCAACUGCGCUACUCGAUAAUCCAGCGAACGCAUUACCCACAGCCAUUACCUCGCUGUUUCUCUGCCAGAUCGUUCUCGCGAUAGUUGGAGCCUGGGACAGCGCCACGGAUCUAAAACCCGAAGGAAAGCAAAAGAACCGAAAACAGCAGGUUAUAGAACCACGAUGGCCUUGGAUUUCAUCUGUGAUGUAUGGGAUCUGGUGGACUGUGUUCGGAACAAUCACGUUCUGGCUGAUCGCGGUGCUGUUUGGUGCUCCAGUUUUUGAGCUUGUGGAAAAAACUUGGCUUGCAGCUGCCUAUCUAUCAGUAUUGGCUGUCUUCCCGACUGGAGCCGCCCUAAAAUCGAACACUUCGGCAUGGAUAAGACUUAUUUCCUCAACUGGCCGUCUUGAAACCGCAGUUGAAAGGAUGGUGUAUUAUCCGUUGGUGAUGUCCGUCGUAGGUGCAUGGUUUGGAGGAUUUGUGAUACCGCUGGACUGGCAGAGGGACUGGCAGAAAUGGCCAGUCCCAAUCGUUUGCGGGGCCUUUUUUGGAAGUUUCGCUGGCCACUCCCUGUCCGUGAUCUUCAAUCAGCUCGCCAGCUAACGUGGAAAGUAACGACCUGGACAUGAUAUACGAACUAGUAUGCGACAUGAGAAAACAAAGCUAUUUCGUAACCAGCAGUUCAAUAUCGAGCAAAGUAUGGAUGAUUCGUUCAAUAUAUGUACACUCUAGGCAGUCUUGCAUUCCAACGAGCGUCCAUUGCGAGGAUACAGACGCGAUGCAUGUUUUAAAACCUUUCAGGUCAGCAGGAACGGCAUUGACGUUUUGAUAUGACAGAAAGCAUUCCCAGUGACCUAGUUAUCCUCUUCUGAUGGGGGCACGAUAGUCCCCUUAAAUACGUAAACUAUUAUAAUAUUAAGAUACAUUUCUUAUGUCGCUGUGGUCGGCACAUCA